UCCUCCUCCAGCCACUUCCCCAAACAAACACCAGUUGAAGCAGUUUUUUUCCCCUCUAAGCAAAACCAGCAGAGGUGUCAGCCUCUCGACAUGCUGUGGCGAAGCUGUCAGAUAAAACAACCUCUUCUGAAGCAAACCCAUCGAUGAAUGAUCACUCAGCCUUAUUUACUCAAACCAGUUAAAGAAACGCUGCAGCCCGUUGGCCUAAGUGGACGCAUUAUGGUGGAUGUAAACAAAUGGCCCAUUUUCAGCUUGAUGGGGCCGGAGGAGCUCUCAUCAAUAAGGAUGGCCUGCGUGUUUGGCUCGUCUGCUAAUGAGGCCAUCUACAUCAGCAACGACGAGGAGGUUUUCGUUUUUGGGCUGAACUGCAGUAACUGCCUGGGAACGGGGGACAGCCAGAGCACCAUCGUCCCCAAAAAGCUGGACUUUCUGAGUGGCAGGAAGGUGGUGAGCCUCAGCUAUGGGAGCGGACCCCACAUCCUGCUGGCUACAGACGACGGGGAGCUCUAUGCAUGGGGGCACAAUGGCUACAGCCAGCUUGGAAAUGGGACGACCAAUCAAGGAGUAGCUCCUGUGGUCGUUUCUGCAAACCUGCUCAACAAGAAGGUCACAGAGGUGGCUUGUGGCUCCCACCACUCCAUGGCCUUAACCGACUCAGGAGAGGUGUAUGCGUGGGGCUACAAUAACUGUGGUCAGGUGGGCUCCGGCUCAACAGCAAACCAGCCUACACCUCGCAGAGUCUCCAGCUGCCUGCAGAACAAGCUGGCCAUCAGCAUCGUCUGUGGUCAGACCUCGUCUCUGGCCUUGGUGGACAACGGAGAGGUGUAUGGGUGGGGCUACAAUGGGAACGGGCAACUUGGACUUGGUAACAACGGAAACCAGCUCACUCCCUGUCGACUUGUAGGUCUGCAAGGUGUAUGUGUGCAACAGAUCGUCUCCGGCUAUGCUCACUCGCUGGCGCUGACAGACGAGGGUUUACUUUAUGCUUGGGGUGCUAACACUUAUGGGCAGCUGGGCACAGGGAACAAGAGCAACCAGCUGAGCCCAGUUCAGAUCCUGCCGGAGAAGGAGAGAAUCGUGGAGGUCGCCGCCUGUCACUCCACUCACACGUCUGCUGCUAAGACCCAGAGUGGUCAGGUGUACAUGUGGGGCCAGUGCCGGGGUCAGUCCAUCGUGCUGCCCCACCUCACCCACUUCUCUUGCACAGAUGACGUCUUUGCAUGCUUCGCUACGCCCUCCGUAAUGUGGCGCCCUCUUUCCAUGGAGCAUGAUGACUUUCUAACUGUGGCUCAGGCUCUAAAGAGGGAGUUUGAUAACCCAGAGACAGCCGACCUUAAGUUCUGCGUUGACGGCAAAUACAUCUAUGUCCACAAAGCAGUGCUGAAAAUCCGGUGCGAACACUUCCGGUCGAUGUUCCAGUCCCAUUGGAACGAAGACCUGAAGGAGGUGAUUGAAAUAGACCAGUUCUCCUACCCCGUCUAUCGCUCCUUCCUCCAGUUCCUCUACACAGACAACGUGGAGCUGCCUCCUGAAGAUGCCAUCGGGCUACUGGAUCUGGCCACAUCUUACUGUGAGAACCGCCUCAAGCGUCUGUGUCAGCAUAUCAUCAAGAGGGGAAUCACAGUGGAGAACGCCUUCUCUCUGCUGUCUGCUGCUGUACGCUACGACGCCGAGGACCUGGAGGAGUUCUGCUUCAAGUUCUGUGUAAACCACCUGACUGAGGUGACCCAGACGGCUGCUUUCUGGCAGAUCGACGGCAAUUUGCUUAAAGAUUUUAUAUGUCGAGCAAGUCGAUGUGGAGCCUUCAGAAACUAAACCUGGACUGCAGGAAGUGAUGGGAGCACAUGCAGAGAGGAGCUUCCUGCAAACCAUCAAAUCCAGUCAGUCUCUAUCCAUGGUGGAAUAGUUCAGGGUCCCUCAAUUCCAGUCCUCCGGGACCAGAACUGAGGAACCAUGGUCUGGUUUGAGAGGAAUCGUUAGCCAGAAUUUGUGCGUCAGCAGUAACCUUGAUAGGUGGUGUCUGAAUAGCGCUGGCAGAGAGGAAGGAGGCAGGAAGAGUCGGAAGCUUCCUAUUAUGGUUCCUUCAGGAUAGGGAGCUUUUGAGGUCCCUCACUGGCUUUAAGGAGGUAUUAGGAAUCCCACCAUACUUAGUGUGAAAGGACGUAGGCACAGACCACCCCAGAUGAGUUUGUAUGACACAUCCAGAUGUACACCAUCAUAUUUUGGUUUUCAUUUGUAGUUCUUUUUCGGAAUGCUGUAUUCCCAGACUGACAAGCAUCGUACAUGUGGGAUUCCAUCAUGUAUGGAUGUCCAGAAGGCUAAAAGGCACAGCAGUUCACAGGCUCCUUUCCGAUCCACAAUUCUUACUGUUUACUUCAGGGAUGGUGAAGGAACAGAAGCCAGGAGCUGUAACUAAACCGUUUCACACAGAGUCAAAGAAUCUCUGCACAGAGUAAAACAUCCCUUCCUGAUCACUGAAUUCAGCUUUGAGUUCCUCUGCCUGAACCGGAGCGUGCAUAAACUUUAUUUUUGCACAUUGAGCAGCAGCUGGUUACUCAUAUUGCCUUGCUUUUUAUAUUUUUUACACAUAUUGUAUAAGGCAUCAGCAAGUGCUAUUGCUUAUAUGCUUUAUGUUUAACUUAUAAGACACAAAUUAACUAAAUUAUCAGGUCAUUAUUUUAGUGAACUGAUCAAAGCUUCCCUUAUUUAACAUGAUUGUGCUGCUGUCAGUGAAAGGUUUGCAAGUCUAGACUUUGCACGUGAGGAUAAGAAGUUACAAUUUUAGAUAAAACAGAAAUCUGACUGAAAACUAGGAAAUAUUGAAUGUCGGUGCAUAAAUCUUUAUUGGUCAACAUCACUGAAGGAACCCAGGUUGAGAUGCUGGUUCUUAAUCAAUCAUUUUGAUUUAUAGUGUUAAAUAAUUACUCGUAUGCGUAGUUCCACCUACCAAACGUAAAAUAAAAGUGUUUAUUGCUUUAUGGUUGACAGUUGCUGAUGUUAGAUUUUUUUAUUCCUAAAAUUUCUAUAUAUGCUGAUGAAUAAAUCAAACAGUAUUAUAGUUUCUUAUUUGUUUUGAGUAAAAUGAACUAUAGUUCUCAUUUAUUUGCAGGACAUUAAAAAUAAAUAUGUGCCAGUAAAACAUUUUGCUCUCGUAUGAAUAAAACAAUUUCUUUCUGGUUUUCUGCAAAUAAUG